AAUGACUAAUAGUUAAUGGAUCUAUUUGGAUAUUAUUGUAACAUAAUACAGGAGGAAUUAAAAACAAAAAGAAAAAAACAGAGUAUUCUCUAAAACAAAACAUUGCUCAGUCUUCCGCAUAAUCUUUUUUUUGUUUUCAGAUAAAUAUUGGCUUGACGACCAUUCACAAGGAUGGUCUGAAGCCACAGCGUGGAAAAACCAUUUUCCUUGCAACAGAUCCAGAUGUCUCUGCCACACCUCUGCUCAGUCUUGCUGCUAAAAAAAUGAAGGACUUCAACAAAGAUAUAAAAGAUGGACCUUUCCUCCUUCUGUACCCAGAUGGGACAGAGGUUAUUAAUAUCCCUGGGACACAAACACCGUUCACUCUUAAAGCUUAUAAGGCUGAAAUUGGCAAGUCAUACCAAAGGAUCUCUCUUUUCCUCUGCUUGAAAAGGGACUUUGAAGAAGUUGGAAAAUUGUCAGACUCGUCCGAUUCCGACCCAGAGGUUGUUAUUAGAAAAAACUCAGAGUUUGAUCAUGCUGAUACACUGCCAUGGGAACCUAUGGAUGAAAGCAGUCCUUUGCAAAAGGUGGCAGAAACAGAGAAUGGUGUUGGGGAUCUUGUACUUGCAAAUGAAGUACAACAGGUUAUGGACUUGGAUAACAAUGGCAACAAUCCAGGCACCAGUCAAUGUCUCACUGUCCAGAGCUCCUGUUACAGAGACUACACCACUCUCUUUGAGUCCAUUGUUAUUGAUGAUGAUGAUGAGAUUGAAUAUUUUACAGAAGACAAAAAGCAGGACCUGCCCCCAGAAGAACAUUUACAAACGUGCAGCCACAUGAUAUUAUUGCAGAACUGGCCAAGAAUAUUGACCACAAGAAAGUCAGCCGGUUCAACAUAUGUCGUACUGAUGUGCGGGAUGGAGCUGUUCGGGGCUUUCAGAGGAGCACAUACUCCGACAAGAAUGACAUGUUCAUCAAAUUUAACGAUGAUGCUGGCUGUUUGGAGGAAGGGUUGGACACAGGUGGCCCGAGGCGUGAGUUUCUCACACUUCUUAUGGCCAUUCUGAGAAAUUGUCCUAUCUUUGAUGGACCCCCAGAAGCUCGUUACGUUGAGUGCAAUUCGAGAGGUGAGUCAUUUUUGGGUUAGUGAACCUAACUAACCUUAGUUAGUGAAGUGGUAGUACUUCUAAAAUAAAAAUUUGCAGAAACAUGUGCUUAUGUGUCUGUCAUAAGCAGAUCUAAGAUUUAAUUACCCACAGUAAUAAUUUGCUCUGUACAACAGCUGCCAGGGAAGAUGAGUAUUUUUUAGCAGGAAAGAUGAUUGCUGUAUCGAUUGAACAUGGGGGACCGGCACCACAUUUUCUCUCAAAGAACCUGGUCAACUACAUGAUAGGGAAUCCAAGUUUCAGCGCCACUGUUGAAGAUGUUCAAGAUGAGGAGAUAGGGAAAGUUCUAAAGCAGGUAGGAAAUGACCUAGGUUUAGGAAAUAGAUUUAUUGUAUGCCAACUGGAGAUUAUUUUCACGUUCAGAUUAAGAUUAGGAAAUUAUUAUAACAAAAUAGUAAUUUCGUUUUCUCAAAGCUUGACAAAUCUUUUUGUUUUGAAAGGCCUGAUUUCAGCCUAUCUCAAGAAAUGUGAAAUCACAAAUGCACAAAAUGUUUAUGCUAUUUUUGUAUUCAUAACGAAGAAGUUGUCAAAUUGAUAGUUCUGUACUUCUUCUUAUAAUAAACUGCUUGUUUUAUAGGUCCUGGAAGCUGAAUCAGACGAAUCUCUGCUAAAUAUAAUUUUUCAAAACAGCGGGAUGUUCCAAACUGCUGGUUGCUUCAGAAGUGUGAAGAAAACUUCUGUAGAGGAGUAUCUCAGAUGGUACAUCCUUGACAGAAACCACAGUGCCAUUCAACGGUAAUUACUAAACAGUGAGCUAUUAAUAUUAUAUUAUGUUAUAAAGAUUUUAAAACUAUUCUAAAGUUCGAUGCUCAAUACUCAAGAUCAAUGACAUAUUUCCAGUUGUUCACACCUGCCACUGAUAUCAUGAUGUUGUAAUUUACUAUGAAAAACUAAUUGGGUAUAAAAAAUUGUGAUCAAAUUAUAGAUAUGAAAUUACUUGAUCAGAUAUCAAGUUUAACAAGCUUCUUUCCUUAAUUGAUUUUGUUUUUUAUCUUUGGUUGGUAACAUCUUUGUGUGUCCUUCUGAAAAAAUAUGUGAAAUGUUGUAAUAUAUUGAGCAAUACUUUCCAAAUUCUGAGUUUCACCACUUUUAUCAUCCAUUCAGAAUUUUAUGUACAAUAGGUAUAAUCUUCUUUUGUCAUCAUAAAUAUAUAUAUAUUUUUAAUCAUUGUCAGAUUAAUCAUAGGUAUGGCACAUGAAUCAUUUUU